GCCAAUCACCGAUGACAUCCGUGACUCUGAUGAAAGUCACACUGUUCUGUUCACCGGCUAGUCUUGUAUCUUCACUUUAAAGUUGUCUGUCUUUUUAUACAGUAUUCUAUUGAUAAUUGAUUGAUUUGAUAAAGGCUUUCUUUCAUAUGUUUUCAAUCGUUUUUCAGUUUUUAGAUGAAAAAGAACUGACAGUCAGCGUGUGUGGAAAUCUGGGAGGUGGAAAUGCCUUCAGUUAAUUGCAUCAUGUAACGUUACAAGAUACUCAUAUUCAUUUGUAGCAAUAAGACACUAAGGAUUUUAUUCUGCCCGGAAAGACUGAUUUACAGUCAUGUUAGGACAGAUAGUGAGAAGCCUUGGCCGCAUGCAGCAGCUCUCUAAUGGACUGAAGGGCGUCCGUCUUCAUCAGCUGCUCUCUAAAGAGACCCACGGGCACCUGCAGACCUCACUCGAGAACACCAGAGCCAUCUCGACGGUGUCACUGUGGCCAUUCUCAUCUCAGCCACGGGACUUCAGCCAGCCCAACUCCUCAUGGAGUCCAGAGAUGCGCAAGGUUUACGACCACUAUAAUACUCUGUGUGACCCUGACACCGAAAAUGGUGAGGAAAAAAGGGGGCCGUGGAGGAAGUUGCCCAGCUACAACCGUUCCAUUAAAUAUGCAGCUGGCGGCAUUCACCUCAGCAAACUGAUUCAGGCCAAAGCUCGACUUUUCACGAGAAAUGUUAAAGAGCAAGGCGCUACGUUUGAGUAUGUGGUGUUUGUCAAUAAGGAGGAGAAGAGAUGUGUUUGUGUCUUUCAGGCAGGACAUUUACUAGAAGGUGCACCUGGGCAUGUACAUGGUGGAGCCAUAGCCACCAUGAUUGACACAGUGACAGGUACUCUUGCCGGUUUCCUCUCAGGACCAAUUAUGACUGCCAAUCUCAACAUAGACUACCGCAGUCCAAUGCCUCUGGGUAGUGUGGUUUUAAUCCACAGUGCUCUGGAUCGAAAAGAGAGGAGGAAAACAUACAUCACUUGCAAAGUGAGCAGCACUGAUGAGUCCAAACUCUACACAGAAGCCACAGCUCUAUUUGUUUCAAUAGGUGUCGGCCAUUUAUUUGGAUCACGAAACUGAAAGCUGUCUGGAAUCCACCACUGAGACAUGAACAGCAUGUGGGUGCAUAUCUGUACACACAUGAAGGAGAUUGCAGAUGGAGUGUGUGUGCACAGUGAACAACAGAUCAAGCUCUCUGAAUGAGCUAUUCAGAAAUACAUGUAUUUGAGUGAUGCAUUCAGUUACAUAUGGCUGCCUCGUAUUUUUAUUUUUUAAAAUGAAAAUGUGUUAACCUGGUAUAUUUAUUGAUACAGUAUUGAUCAUGAGGACAGUAUUUGGUAGGCUAUUACAAGUAUUAUAUAACCAAAACUUCUGUAAUAUAUUUUAGCAGUACUGUAUUUCAUAUUUUGUUAAAGAGAAUCUGACUUUUGUUACAAAUGGAAUGUUGUGCAUUUAAAGUAUCUUAUUGUUAUUUCUAGGGAAUAAAAUUUAUAACUGCCUUCAUUAAUGCCAUUAAAGUCUGUAAUUAAAAAUUG